AUGCACGAUUAUAUAAGAAUAAAUCAUAUUAAAUUAGAACAAGAAUUAACAGUUGAUGAAUAUUAUUCAUUAAAUUCUGGGUUAAGAAUAAUUUUAAGUAAAAUAAAAAGUCCUAAGAUAUAUGGUUAUUUUACAUUACUAACUGAAGCAGAAAAUGAUGAGGGAUUACCUCAUACCUUAGAACAUCUAAUUUUUUUAGGUAGCUAUAAAUAUCCUUAUAAAGGAUUACUAGACUUCUUAGCAUAUAAAUGCCUUUCAGAAGGAACAAAUGCUUGGACAUCAAUUGAUCAUACCUCUUAUACAAUUGAAACAUUUGGAAUAGAAGGUUUUUGUAACAUCUUACCUAUUUAUCUAGAUUUUAUUUUAAAUCCAACUUUAGAAGAAGAUGCGUUUUUAUCAGAAGUUCAUCACAUUUUUGAAAAUGGUACUCAUAAUGGAGUUGUUUAUUCUGAAAUGAAAUCAAUAGAAAAUAAUUGUGAAAAUAUUGUUGAAAGAACAAUAAUUACUAACCUUUAUCCUAAUGAUAAAAGUGGAUAUAAGUAUGAGACAGGAGGAACAUUAGAUGGUUUAAGAAAAACUAACAAUAAUAGAGUAAAAGAAUAUUUUAAAAAAUUUUAUAAGUUAAAUAAUUUUGCAAUAAUCAUAUUUGGAAAUUUUGAAAAUGAUGUUAUUUUAAAUAUAAUACACGAUUUUGAAAAAUAUCAUUUAGAUUUAAAUCCAGAUCAAAGAAAAAAAGUUAAUGUAAAUGUUAGAAAUAAUUAUAACCUAUGCAAAGAACUUUUUUUACAGGAUAUUCAAAGUUUGAGUAGACCUUGGAGUAAAAAGGAAAAUGUUGAAAAAAGAAAUAAUUCUAAAAUUAUAAAAAAGUACUACCCAUGUAAUAAUUUAAAUAAUGGGCAAAUAAGUUUAGGAUGGAGAGGAUGUGAAUGGAACCAAUUUAAGACAAAAUUGUCUCUCAGUUUGCUAGGAAAUUACUUAACUGAUCUAACUACCUCACCUGUUAGCAAAAGAUUGUUAGAAGAUAAAGAUACUUAUUGUAGCGGUUUGGAUUUUUCUCUUGAAGAUUUAAAAGAAAAUUAUUUUACUAUAGAUAUAUAUGAUGUUCCCUAUAAAUACAAAUUUCAUAAAAAUGAAGUAAAAGAAAAAAAUAAAAUAAAUAGUAAUUUAAAAAAUCAGAAUAAUAUACAAGAAACAAGUGAACAAACGAUAAAUAAAUUCCAAGAUAAUAAUAAUAUAAUUAAGAAAGAAAUAAAUAUAAAUUCUUCUAGUACUAAUAAUGAUAAAGAUAAAAAUAUAAAUAAUAAUAUUAAUAUUAAUAAUAAUGGUUAUUAUAUAAAUAACAAUCUCACUGUAAAGGAUGUUAAUGAAUGUACUACAACAGAUUUCUCUAAUAAUAUUAAUGAAGUAAAAAUAAAUUUAGUUGGUGAUAUAACAAGAAAUUGCUUAAAAGAAGUUUACGAUAAACAGUUAAAUAUGGAAAAACUAAAAAAUAUAAUAAUUAGAUCUUAUCUCCAACAUUUAAGGGAUUUAGAAACAUCUCCGCAAUACUUAUUAAAUGAAUUUAUCAUAAAAUACUUUAUUUAUGGAAGAAAUAUUGAUGAUUUAGAGAAGUGUCUAAAUUUGAAGAAAAUAUAUAUAGAUUUAUUAAAUGAAAAUGAAAAUUAUUGGAAAGAAAUAUUAAAAACGUAUUUUAUUGACAAUUAUUAUACUGAAGUAAGGUGCUAUCCUAGUCUUAAAAAAGCUAAGGAGAUAGAACUAUUUGAAAAAAAAUUAAUUGAAAGUGAACAAAAAAAAUAUGGUACAGAAAAAUUAAAUAAAAUGGUAAGAAAUAUUAAAAAAAUCAAGGAAAAUCUAGAAAAAAAACCACCUAAAAAUUCAUUGGAUGUAGUACAAUCUGCAAAACCUAAAAAUGUUAAAAUUGAAGGUAUUACUAUUUUUAGAAAUUUUAAGAGUUUAGAAAAUGAAGAAUAUGUAAAUAAUAACAACAAAAAUUCUUCCGAAGCAUAUAAGAACGCAUUAAAUGAAAAUAUGCAACUUUUACAUACUAUACAAAAUGAUUUAAAAUGCAUAAUUUUCCCUGUUCAGUUAAGUAAUAUUCAGUCUAACUUUGUUUCAAUAAAUGUAUUAAUCAAUUCAAACAAAAUUAGCUCAGACUUAAAAAAAUAUAUUCCUUUAUUAAGUUAUUUAUUAUUUGAAACAGAUAUAGAAAUUAAUAACAGAAACGUAAAAUGCGAAUUGUUUAUUGAAGAAAUGAUAAGAAAUACUAUAAGUUAUGACUGUAAUUAUGGACUAGGUGAAAGUGCAAAGAGUUUUAAAGCAGGUAAUUUGAGUAAUAUUUUAUGUAUACAAAUUAUUGGAUUAUUAGAAAACUACGAAAAAUUAUUUGAUCUUUUGUUUUUAUCUAUAUUUAAAAUGAAUAUAAAUAUAGAAAGAUUGGAAAUAAUUUUAAAAUCUGCUUAUCAAAAUUUGUUACAAAAAAAAACUAAACCAAAAACAUUAGUUCUUAAUUUAGAAUAUGCAUUAAGAUACAUGAAGAAUAGUAAUUCAGGAUUAGUUUCUAUUGGUCAACAAGAGUUAGUUUUAAAAGUUAUUGAAAAUAAAAAUAAUUUGGAAGAAUUACUUAAUAAAUUAAAUACAUUAAAAAAUUUACUUUUUGAUCUAAAAAAUAUUUCAUUAGUUAUUGAUGCUGAUUUUCAUAAAAUAAAAAAUAUAUUCUCAUGGUAUCAUAAAUGGUUUAAUGUAGAUAAAAAUUCUAAUUAUACUGUUAAUACUCCAACAAUAAAUUUCUGCUUUCAAAACGAUAUAAAUACAAUGAAUUGUCAAAAUUCGAAAUAUUUAGAUGAUAAAAUUAACAAUAAUGAUAAUAAUAAUUACACUGAUAAUAUAAUAAAUAAUAAUAAUAUUAUAAAAUCAUGUGAUAAAGAUUCAAAUAUAAGUAGUAAUUCCCAUGUAAAUACUUCUAAUAUUCUUGAAAAUAUGGAAAGAAAAGCUAAUAAUAAAUAUAUUUCAUUAGGUCCAAGUGUUCAUAAGAGUUUAAAAGAAUACUUAGAUGUACAAUUUGAAAGUGAAGAUAAAAAUUUUAAAUCAAAUAUAAUAAAUGAUAAGUCUUAUAAUGGUAUUGUAUGUGGUAUCAAAAGUACUGAUGUUUCAUAUUUGAAAUUAACUAUAAAAGUUCCAUCAGGAUAUUUCCAUGAACAUUAUUGUGACUUGCUAAUAUUAAGAGAGUUUUUUUCAAUGAUUGAAGGACCAUUAUAUAGUAGCAUUAGAGGAGGAGGAUAUUCUUAUGAAUGUUCUUUAGAUUAUAAUUGCAUUUUAGGUGAAUUGAGUUUAUGUAUAUAUAGAUCAAGUGAUAUUAUUAGUGCAUUAAAAGAAGCUUUAAAAAUAUUUGAUUAUUAUUGUAAUAAUGAAAUGAAAGAAGAUGAACUUUCCAUAGCUAAAAGUAGUGCCUACUACAAUAUUUUCAAUAAGCAAGAAACUGUAUGUGAUAGAACAUCUCAAACAAUUUUCUUAAGUUUAAAAAAUUUGAACUUAAAUUUCUAUGAAACCUUAUUGUCCAGAAUUGAAAAUGUUACAUCAAAAAAUAUAUUACAUGUGUGCAAAAAAUAUUUAUCAAGAAUGGUCAAUUUCCGAAUUGACAAAAAUAAUGCUUUAAUAGGCUCCACCUUAUCUAUUAUUUGCUGUUCAGAAAAAACUGAAGAAAUUGCAAGUUGUUUAAAAAAAGAUAUCAAAUUUGGAGAUAUGUGUAAUUUAAAUGUUACUCAAUUAUUUCACUUUUUUAAAACAUUUGAUAUAGAAUCUUCAUUAAAAGCAUCAGCAUAUAACCCAAACAAUGAAUUUGAAAAUAAAGAUGAUUAUAAAAAUGAAAUAGAUAAUAUAGACAAUUUAGAAGACGAUGGCAACUACGAUGAUGAUGAUGAUGAUGAUGAUGAUGAUGAUGACGAUGAUGACGAUACUGAUGACUCAUUAACUAGUUCUAGCUGUUCUGCACUAUCAGAUGAUGAUAGUUAUCCUGGUUAUUCGGAAGAUUAA